AUGGCUUCAACCAACACUGGAGGGCCCUUCAGGGACCAUCCCGAGGAGACCAAAGACGUUAGCACCUCCCAGUCGCAGGCCACGGACGCAUCAUUGUCAUCGGUGAGGGAAGUGUCCGAUAAUGCGUACGGUUCAACGGACGAGCAUGUUUUCUCCGACCCCAGCAUCGCCGAAUACUGGCGCAAGGUGUACGAGAAGGCGCAGUACGAGAACCGACACCGUUUCGAUCCGAGCUACCAAUGGUCGGCAGAGGAAGAGAAGAAGCUGAUCGACAAGCGUAUCAUGGUUUGGGCUUGGGUUAUGUUUUGCGCCCUGGAUCUGCAUCGUCGUAAUAUUAACCGAGCGAUUUCUGACAACAUGCUUCCGGAACUCGGCAUGAACACGAACGAUUACAACUAUGGCCAGACGAUCUUCCUUCUGACGUUCCUCUCCGCGGAGUUGCCGAGUGGGCUCAUCAGCAAGAAGCUCGGUGCCGACAGGUGGAUCCCAACCAUUAUGGUGGGUUGGUCUAUCACGGCUGGCUGCCAGGCCUUCUUGUCGAGUCGCGCUGGCUUCUAUGCCAUCAAAGCACUUCUUGGCCUGUUGAUGGGCGGUUUCAUCCCCGACAUUGUCCUUUGGCUCACCUACUACUACAAGUCGAACGAACUCCCGCUCAGACUCGCCUGGUUCUGGACUGCGCUCAGCACUGUCAACAUCGUGGGAUCCUUGCUCGCCGCAGGUGUUCUCCAGAUGCGAGGAAUCGCAGGAUGGUCUGGUUGGAGAUGGCUGUUUCUCUUGGAGGGAAUUGUGACCCUCAUCAUCGGCAUCUUUUCGUGGGGUCUCAUGCCCCCUGGUCCCUGCCAAACAAAAAACUGGUUCCGGGGUAAGAAUGGAUGGUUUUCCGACCACGAAGAAUACAUCAUGGUCAACCGCCUGCUGCGGGACGACCCGAGCAAGGGUGACAUGCACAACCGAGAAGCAGUCGGCCCCUCUCAGCUGUUCAAGGUCGUCAAGGACUGGGAGCAGUGGCCUCUAUACCUAAUCGGGUUGACCACAUACAUCCCGCCUUCCCCGCCGAACAACUACCUCUCCUACAUCCUUCGCAAGCUGGGAUUCUCUGUUUUCCAAGCUAACCUUCUCGCCAUUCCCUCGCAAUUUCUCUUCGCCGUCAACCUACUCAUUAUCUCAUGGGUCUCUGGAAAGUUCAAGGAGCGAGCCAUCGUCUCGUCCAUCUCCAAUAUUUGGAUCUUUCCAUGGCUCGUGGCGCUCGUGGCUCUACCUGCAAGCUCGAGCACCUGGAUCAGAUAUGCCCUGUUGACUGGUCUGCUAAGUUACCCUUACUGCCACGCCAUCUUGGUUGGAUGGAACGCGAAGAACAGCAAUGCGGUGCGAACAAGAGCUGUCAGCGCGGCGCUGUACAACAUGUUCGUGCAGGCGGGCAAUAUUGCUGCGUCCAACAUCUACCGAGAUGACGAUCAACCUUUGUACCGCCGCGGAAACAAGAUCCUUCUCGGAAUCUGCUGCUUCAACAUUGUGCUGUUCUACCUGGUCAAGGCAUUUUACAUCUGGCGGAACAAGGUUCGCGAUCGCGCAUGGAAUGCUCUGACGAAGGCGCAACAAGAGGACUAUACCCUCAACACAACAGACGAGGGCCAGCAAAGACUCGACUUCAGAUUCGCGCACUGA